CACAGAUAGACAAAGCCAAACGGUGGCCUCGUGAGAAUUACACCCGACUAAGACACAUCGCUCGUCGACCUCAAGACUUUCGCCAGCCCUCGUCAAAACCGCGAAUUCGAACUUGUGCGAUAUCAGCUUCGCACGUUCGCCCGAAAAUCCUAGCAGCCCAUCAUGAUCAUCCCCAAAGAGAACAGGCUCCGCAUCUACGAAUACCUCUUCAAAGAGGGCGUAAUGGUAGCAAAGAAAGACUUCAAUGCGCCGAAGCACGAAGAACUUGAUGUUCCCAACCUUCAAGUCAUCAAGGCCCUCCAAAGUUUGACAUCCAAGAACUACGUGAAGACUCAAUUCUCGUGGCAAUGGUACUAUUACACUCUCACUCCCGAAGGUAUCGAAUACCUUCGCGAAUGGCUCAAUCUCCCUGCCGAAAUUGUCCCUUCCACUCACAAGAAACCUGCCCGGCCACCCCGUCCUGCUGGUGUUCGUGCUGGAGGAGAGGGUGCUUACCGGCCACCCCGUGGAGACCGUGACUCGUACAGGAAGAAGGAGGACGCUCCUGGGGAAUUUAGGCCGCAGUUCGCUGGUGUUGGUCGUGGUGCACCUAGAGAGUAAAUGUCGGCUGGGCUCUGGAUACGGUAUUCAGUCUCCUCUAUUGAUAGGUAUCUGUAUGAGCUAUGUGAUUGUUUUUUCAUACCUGAAUUAUAUUUCCUAUCCAAUCA